AUGCCUGGAAAAGAGUUGUCAAGUCCGUGUAUGGACUGCCGGGAUAAUGAGUCUAUCUUUCUGAUUCGAAGUCGCCGCCUGUGCAGAGAUUGCUAUACACGAUUUGUUGGAUACAAGGUUCUUCGCCGUACCGAACAGUAUCGUCUUCGAAAAAGCGUACCAGGAGCCGCGCGGGGCAAGCUGCUUCUACCUUUGUCUUGCGGCCUUGCCUCGUCCGUCCUAUUGCAUAUGAUCCACACUCAGAUGAAAGAACAGCGAUCGAGGCCACACGCUCCCGAUGGAUUUGACCUGCACGUACUCACAAUAGACCCGCAGAGUAUCUCCUCGUCAAAUCUACCGCUCGGCGAGGUGCUUGAGUCAUUACAGCAGCGCUUCCCCCUCGCCUCGUUCACUCAACUUUCUCUCCAUACCAUUUGGGAACUUGUGCCGGACCUGCGAGAUGUUUUCCCUGGAUAUGCCGGCGAAGACUUCAGGGAUGAUUCUUCGCUGUCGCCUAAAGAGCGUCUCGACGCCUUCCGCGCGUCUAUCUCGUCGAAUACCUCCGCUGCUGAUGUAGACUCUGUCUUGUUGACUCGGCUUAUUGUUGCUUUCGCGAAGAGUAUAAAUUGUUUUGGAAUUAUUUGGGGCGACUCCGACGACCGGCUUGCCGCGAAAACCCUAGCUAGUGUCGCUAAAGGCCGCGGAUCCUCGUUAACGUGGCAGGUCUCUGAUGGGAUGACUCCGUUUGGUCUGGAGUUCAGCUUUCCUCUACGAGACUUGUUUACUGCCGAACUGCAAAACUAUGCCGAUUCAUUCUCAGAACUCGCAGACAUCAUCAUCCCUGAUGCGCCAUUCUCCGAUAACAUUCUCACCAAGAACCUAUCCAUCGAUCAAUUAAUGCUGCGCUAUGUAUCGUCUCAAGGCGCGAAAUAUCCGGGUGUCAUGUCCAAUGUUACUAGGACUGCCAACAAAUUGCAGGCGUCUCGAAUGUCCACGAAUGGCUCACGAUGUGCUUUAUGCGACACUUUCAUCUGCAAUUCAAAAGGGGUUUAUAGUCAAACUCCUCGAACCGCCACCACCGACCCCAAAUACAGCUCGUUGCCAGAGCUAUGUUAUGCAUGUGAUCGUUCUCGCCCUGGAUUGAGUUGA